AUGCUAGCACCACGCAGCUUUGGACUACAAUCUCCCUCCCAAUCAUGGGCUCGCAACAAUAGUCUGUCCAGAAAGAGAAGGAUCACACAACAGGGACCCAUGGCAGACACUCUACACAACGCGCCAAUUGUCCUGGAUAAUGGCAGUGGCACCAUCAGAGCCGGUUUCGCUGGCGAAGACGCGCCCAAAUGUUAUUUCCCAUCCUACGUCGGCCGCCCCAAGCACCUGCGUGUUCUCGCUGGUGCCCUCGAAGGAGAUGUCUUCAUUGGACAGAAGGCCCAGGAGCUGCGUGGCCUGCUGAAGAUUCGCUACCCAUUGGAACACGGAAUCGUCACUGAUUGGGACGACAUGGAGAAGAUCUGGCAACACGUCUACACCGAAGAGCUCAAGACCCUGAGUGAAGAGCACCCCGUACUCUUGACCGAACCGCCGCUCAAUCCGCGUUCCAACCGCGACACUGCCGCCCAAAUCCUGUUCGAGACUUUCAACGUUCCUGCUCUGUUCACCUCCAUCCAAGCUGUCUUGUCUCUCUACGCCUCAGGCAGGACCACCGGUAUCGUUUUGGACGCGGGCGAUGGUGUUUCGCAUGCUGUACCCGUUUACGAAGGCUUCGCAAUCAACAACAGCAUCCGUCGAAUCGAUGUAGCGGGUCGAGACGUCACCGAGCACAUGCAGACGCUGCUUCGCAAGUCUGGCUACAUUUUCCAUACCAGUGCUGAGAAAGAGGUAGUGCGCAUGAUCAAAGAAAAGACAAGUUACCUGGCUCUUGAUCCCAAAAAGGAAGAGAAGGACUGGGCUACAGGCAAUGCUAGACAGGACGGCAAGACGGUUGAGUACACCCUGCCAGACGGUCAGAAGCUCAAGGUACAACCACAUGUUCUCUGUACAUAUCUUCACAAGCUUACCAUGUACUGCAGANUUGGCCCUGAAAGGUUCAGAGCGCCCGAAAUUCUCUUCGAUCCGGAAAUCAUUGGUCUCGAAUAUCCUGGCAUUCAUCAGAUCGUCGUCGACGCCAUCAGCCGUACGGACAUGGACCUGAGGAAGUCUCUCUUCGCAAAUAUUGUCUUGUCCGGAGGCUCGACUUUGACCAAGGGCUUUGGUGAUCGUCUGUUGCACGAGGUGCAACGUCUGGCAGUCAAAGACAUGCGCAUCAAGAUCUUUGCACCACCCGAGCGCAAGUACAGCACGUGGAUUGGAGGCAGUAUUUUGGCCGGUCUCAGCACCUUCAGAAGGGUCAGUAUCACCUUCUUUGCACAAUUCGCCUCAAGACUGACGUGA